GCCGCGCUGUGGGCUGCAGAGGCCUCCCCUGCCCCGAUCUCGACACAAGUGCUGGUCCAGAACUUUGAAACUGUCCACCCGAAGAUACUGCAUAAGUCCAGACCUACUCGCAAUGCUCAUUCGGAUCGUCUGGAUGUCAGGAUUACCACUGAAGCUGGUGAAACAUUCACCCUCAGACUGUCGUUGAAUGACAUGGUUAUGUCACCAAGGUUUUCCUCAGUAUACUAUAAUGAAGACGGUCAAGAAGUUCAAACAGAGCAGGAGCAGGUGAACUGUUUCUACCAAGGAGAGGUGGUGGAGCGCCCAGAGUGGCAAGUGGCAAUGGACUCAUGCCAGGGGCUCAGAGGUUCCUUUGGCAAUUGGGCUAACAGUACACUGCGCUAUGUUUUGGAGCCAAUGAGUCCAGAAGACCAUUCG